AUGUUGAAUCGCCAAGUACAAGCUUGGCGCACAUUAUGUAGGUUUACGGGAAUAGUUAGUAAAAAUACGCGAAGCUGUACGACAAAUUUUUCUGAUAAGAUGGAAAAAAACAAAAAGAAAGCAACGAUUUGGAAAAUUGAUGAUAUGAGACGAGAAAAAUUAGCUAAAUUUGGUCGAUAUUGUGCGGAAUGUUUACCAAAAUUUGUACAAAAAGUACAGUUUGCCGCUGGAGAUGAAUUAGAGUUGUUGAUUCAUCCAAGUGGAGUGACACCCGUGAUAGCAUUUUUGAAAGGAAAUCAUGCAGCGCAGUUUACUAAUAUCGUAUUUAUUACUGGAAUGGACGUCCCUUCACGAAAAUUUCGUUUUGAGGUCAUUUAUGCUUUUCUUUCGAUACGUUUCAAUGCACGCAUUCGUGUCCGCACAUACACCGAUGAAAUUGCACCGUUGGAGUCAAUAACACCGAUUUUUAAAGGAGCGAACUGGUAUGAAAGAGAAGUUUAUGACAUGUACGGUGUUUGGUUCAAUAAUCAUCCAGAUUUACGGCGUAUCCUUACCGACUAUGGUUUUGAAGGUCAUCCGUUCAGGAAAGACUUUCCUUUGUCUGGUUAUGUUGAGCUGAGAUAUGAUUCGGAGCUCAAUCGAUGCGUAUAUGAGCCAACUGAACUGGCACAAGAAUUCCGUAAAUUUGACCUAAAAACUCCGUGGGAAUUGAUGCCUAACUUCCGUAAUGAAUCUAUGAUGUCGCGUUAUGAACAAGUCAGUUUAGAGGAACCUAAAGAAGAAGACGAAAAGGAUAAGAAAUAA